UCUUGAGCGUCAUUCUGCCGCUGUCGCUGUCGCCGCCACCGCUUUUCUUCGUUUUUGCUUUGCUCCGCAUUUCGUGUUAUAUUUUUAGGCCGCCAAAUAGUUUUUUCGGUUUUUUUCCCAUUGUUUUUUUUUUUUUGUGUAGGUUCAUACAUCAAAUCUAAAUCCAAAAACGAGAAAAACGCGUUCGGCCCAUUUGCGUGCGUUCGCUUGCUUUUAACCGCCGCAUUUGUUUGCAGGUUAGAAACGUUCAUCCCAAAGAUUUCCAAAAAAGAAAAAAUUGGUCCAAAGUGAGAUCUCCCGCAGUGAUGAGGCUGCUCUAUGUGUUCAUAUUGAUAUUAGCCGUUCGCUUGGCAUCGGUUUUUGUGGUCAAGACCUAUUAUGUGCCCGAUGAAUACUGGCAAAGUUUGGAAGUGGCCCAUAAACUGACCUUUGGCUAUGGUUACCUUACCUGGGAAUGGGUACAGGGCAUUAGAAGCUAUGUCUAUCCCGUAAUUAUUGCUGCCAUCUAUAAAUUCUUGGCUCUACUUCAAUUGGAUACGGUUCAGCUAUUGGUUAUACUGCCAAGAAUUCUUCAAGCUCUGCUGACCACUUACUCAGAUUAUCGUUUCUAUGUGUGGACUGGGAAACGAAAAUGGGCCCUGUUCUUGAUCCUAGUGCCAUGGUUUUGGUUCUACACGGGCUCCAGGACAUUGGCCAACACCUUGGAGACAUCAUUGACCACCAUUGCAUUGAGCUAUUUUCCAUGGUAUGGCGAGGGUACAGCAUAUCUUUGGCCAGCAGCCAUUUGUUGCUUCCUACGGCCCACAGCGGCGGUUAUAUGGCUGCCCCUUGCUAUAUAUCAUCUCCGUAAUACCCGUUUGUCCACCAUCGAACUAAUUCUGAAGCGAUUCCUGGUCAUUGGUGUUCUGGUUGCCGCCUUGGGCAUAGCCAUCGAUUCGUAUUGGCAUGGCAAACUAAUUGUGACCCCGUACGAAUUCCUUAAAUACAAUAUAUUCCAUAAUAUUGGCAGCUUCUAUGGCAGUCAUCCUUGGCAUUGGUAUUUCACAUGCGGAUUGCCCACUGUCCUGGGCAUCAAUACCAUACCGUUUAUCUUUGGCGUUGUGGAGACUGUUCGCAAGUCGCGAAAAUAUCCUGUGAGCAAGCAACUGCUGAUAACCAUCCUCCUAACCCUGAUCGUUCUGAGUACGGUGGAGCAUAAGGAAUUCCGUUUCGUUAGCACAUUGCUGCCCCUGUGUCUGUAUGUGACAGCCGAUAGCUUAUCGCGUUGGAGCUACAAUGCCUCGUUGACAAAACUAUGGGCCACUGCUUUGAUCAUAUUGUUGGGUAAUGUGGUCCCUGCCUGGUAUCUGAGUACCAUCCAUCAGAAGGGACCCAUUGAGCUGAUGCCCAAGCUAAGACAAAUUGCCCAGGAAUAUCGUGAUGAGAGGGAUUAUCGUGCCAAUAUACUCUUUCUAAUGCCCUGCCAUUCGACACCAUAUUAUAGCCAUAUCCAUGAGAAUGUGACAAUGCGUUUCCUGACAUGUGAACCAAAUCUAAAUAAUGCCGAUAAUUUCAAGGAUGAAGCGGAUCGUUUCUUUGAUUCGCCUGUACAUUGGCUUAGAUCCCAUAUACCAGUUCACCCGCCAACAGCUCGUCCCACUCAUGUGGUCCUCUUUGACUCAUUAACGAAUAAGAUUAGUGAAUUUUUAACCAAUUACAAGCUGCUCUAUAGCAUUGAGCAUGUUCAAGUAAAUCAAUUAGCUCUGGAAUCCCAAGCCCUAUUGGACAGAUGGUCCAAUGCUGUGGGCACUCAGUCACCAGAUCUUCAAUCAUAUUUUAAGAAUUUGCAAACGCGUACUGGACAGACCAUACAGGUCUAUCAGCGUCUGCAAAAGGGUGAGGAGAAUGCAUUUAAUCGACAGGAGGCUAAGGAUAUUCCUGAUGCUGCUGCUGAUGAUGAGGAGCAGCUAAAUCAGUUCAAUUAAAACCAAUCAUCAUCAUCAUCACCAGCAACACCACCCGGGAUCAACAAAGACUUAAAUGAAAAAAAAAAACAAAAAACAAAUAUAUAAGCAAACUUAGCCCUCCGUUUAAAAACAGAAACAAACAUAAAUGAAAUUACUUAAGCAUGACAACAAUUUAAUAUAAUUACAAAGCGAAAUUCUUUUGUAUUUACAAAACACAAAAAAAAAAAACAACCCAUUUGGCCUUGGCGAAAAGAGAUUUCUUUUAAAAAAUGUAUAAUUUAUGUACUUUGUGCUAGUUGAUACAUCCAUACACCACCCACCUACCUACCUCCCCGGCCCCAAAAACAAUCCCCAUCCAUCCCAUUAGUAGUAAACAAAAAAAAAAGGUCUUGAGUGAGGCAAUAUAAUUUUUUAAGUCUAAACAAACAUAAAAUAUAUUUAUAUAUAUCUAUAUGUGUACUGUCCUUUUUUUAAAUGUGUCAAAAUAAAGGUUCAGUUCAAUGAA